AUGGGUUGCAACACUAGCCAGGAGAUACCGAGCUAUGGCGGUGGGCAGAAGACGACGGAUUCCGCGGCUGCCCUUGGUGAGCUGCUGGAAGGUGAUAUUGAAGAGGUCGAAGCGGCAGCAACCAAGAUCCAGGCAGCGUUCCGUGGCCACCAAGUGCGCAGAGAAAUGAAGCAAGGAGACGGUGUCACUGGAGCCGAGGGCCAGCAGAAGCAGGACCAGCAGGCGGAACGGGAACCGACCAAGGAGGAGCUGGAGGCCGAGUUCGACCCGAACGACGUUGAGCUGACGCACGCCGCGACCCGUAUCCAGGCCAGCUUCCGUGGUCACAUGGCUAGAAAGACGGCCACGAAGGGCGAGGACGAAAAGAAGGAAGUCGACAUUGAUGAAAUCACCAAAAAGGUGGCCGAAGAGCUGGACAUCGACAUGGACGACCCGGAGCUGCACAAAGCGGCCAGCAAAAUUCAGGCCUCCUUCCGCGGGCACAAGGUGCGCAAGGAUGUCCCGAAGGAGGAGGGCAACUAAGCGCACCGAUGGAGCCGCCGACGCUGGCCACCCUGUCUUGUACCGCGUACCGCGUGGCCGGACACCUUUGGUACGAGCCCGCUCUCCCUCCUUCAUCGCCGGCAAUGACGACGACGACGACGACGUCGACGACAUCCCUCUCCUAUCAACCGAAUCGUCGGGUCGGGUGUUUUUUUGGCGUGUGCACCUAGACGUGUAUCGGGUGGCGCAUUUUGUGGUUCAACAUUCAAAUGGUACAGCAAAAUAAAACCAAACGGAAGCCCCUUGUGAGCGGGAUUGUACUUUGCACUUGUUAUGAUUUUAUAAAUUUUAUCGAUUUUAUCGAAUCGCAUAUUAAAUAAAUAUAGAGAUCAAUCCUAAUGCGUAGAACCGAGAAUAACCGAGCAACAAAACCAUCAGCUAACUUGAACUAGCUCCCUCUUAACUGAACGUAUUUGCGAAGGUUUAGGGAACGGUGGGUAGUAGGGCACGAAGGUAGGAAAAAGCGCCUUAGUCGGUGCUGGCGUUCAUCAGGAAAUGGUACAAAGGAGAAAGCCAUCGCAUGUUAGUGAAUCGACCACUCAACGUAUGGGUAGGAAAAGAAAAAACAAAAGAAAUAAAAAAAAUAACUACACAAAUUUGCAACAUAAAAAUGGCGCGAAAGCGAACGCGAAAGAGUCAGAAAUCGUAGUACUACACAAACAAACAAAAAUCCUAAAGUUUACUCUUUAAGCUAAUAAUGCAACACAUUUGAAAGAAGAUAUAAAUACAACCAAGAUUAAAACGGUAAAUCAUUUCUAUUUAAUAAUCACUAAAGAAACGAAACAUGCAACAAUUAAACUAAAGCCCAAUACGACCGAUUCAACCGUUCGACGUCACUCACCGUGGCGUUCGUGGGAAGGAGCCAUUUUCCACCAGCGAUUGCCACCGCAUCCUCGUGAUUUUGCCCCGAACGCGGGAAAGUGCUGAGCACGUGUUAAGACCAGAAAUGGCGCUCUCCAAAUCAGUGCAAGAUUCAUCCAAAAACCGUACCAGUACGGAACGUGGAACAAAAAGCGCAAGGGAGACCCUUCGUGGAGCCCUGGGGACGAGUUUUCCCGGACGGCAUCGCGUUAGGAUGGUCGCGGUAGGACGGUAGUGCAACGGCAACGUGGAUAGGUAGCAAUUAUCGCACCCAAAACGAAUAGCAUCAUGUUACGAUUAGCGAGAAACACGAACAGCAGUGUAGCGAGGGCAAAUGGGGGCAGUAAUUAGUAUCCCAUCGGAAACGGUAGUACCACCCAUCAUAAAAGUACACGAUCCUUCCGUAAUAGAACCACACACCCACACACUAACACACACACAUUCGAACCCAGCUUGCUGGCAGGCGGAAACUGUCGAAAGAAACGCCACGAAGGUGACCGAAAUGAAAGCUCUUACUUUACCUUAUCCAAGCAAGCUGCGAUUUGCUCCAAUUCAAAACCGACACCGCUCGGAAAUACCAUGUGGAGAACAAAUGUCACAGCCAUGAAUGUAAUACUGUCAAUAGGCAAAAUAAAUGCAUAACUACAUUGAGCUUUAAAUCCCACAAUGGC